AUGGCGGAAAAGCAGGAUCUCGAGAAUGGCGACCCCAAGCGUGAAAGAAUUUCUUUCGCCGACGGUUGGGAUCCAGACAAGGACGAGGGCGAGUACGCCAACCUCAUUCGAUUCAUUUCUACAUACCGCGACCGUCGCUUCUCCAAAGCACCGUCUCAAGUUUCGGGUGAAGAUGCUGCAGAAGCCACUGCCAAAAAACACCCGUGGUGGAAGAAGCUCUUCGGUAUCACCGCCGGCCCUGGCGAGCUGUACCAGGUGCCUGAAGAAUGGCUCAACACCGAUAUUCACACUGGUUUGACAACCGCUGAAGUCGAAGCUCGACGCAAGAAGGUCGGCUGGAACGAGUUGACGACCGAGAAAGAGAACAUGUUGGUCAAGUUUAUCGGUUACUUUAGAGGUCCUAUUCUUUAUGUCAUGGAACUUGCUGUCUUGCUCGCUGCUGGUCUUCGGGACUGGAUCGACUUCGGUGUCAUCAUCGGUAUUUUGAUGCUUAACGCCGUUGUCGGUUGGUACCAAGAAAAGCAAGCUGCCGAUGUCGUCGCCAGUUUGAAGGGUGACAUUGCCAUGAAGGCUGAAGUCGUUCGUGAUGGUAAAAUCCAGGAAAUCAAAGCUCGUGAGCUCGUGCCCGGUGACAUUCUCAUUCUCGAAGAAGGUUCCGUCGUCGCUGGUGAAUGCCGUCUGAUCUGUGAUUUCGACAACCCGGCCGGCUUUGAGGAAUACAAGGAGAUGAUGAAUGACCCAGAGGGCUACCACUCCAAGAACCACACCGACUCUGACGAUGACGAAGAACACCACAUUGGUAGCUCAAUCGUCGCCACUGAUCAGUCUGCCAUCACUGGAGAGUCUUUGGCCGUUGACAAGUACAUGGGUGAUAUCUGUUACUACACCACUGGCUGCAAGCGCGGCAAGGCUUAUGCUGUUGUCACCGAAUCUGCUCGCGGCUCCUUCGUCGGAAAGACUGCGUCUCUUGUACAAGGUGCCAAGGACUCUGGUCACUUCAAGGCUAUCAUGGACUCUAUCGGUACGGCACUGCUUGUCCUGGUCGUCUUCUUCAUUCUCGCGGCGUGGAUUGGUGGUUUCUUCCACAACAUCGCCAUCGCCACCCCUGAGGACAGCUCGAUCAACUUGCUGCACUACGCCCUUAUUCUGUUGAUCAUCGGUGUCCCUGUCGGUCUUCCAGUCGUUACCACCACUACUUUGGCUGUCGGUGCUGCCUACCUCGCCAAGCAAAAGGCCAUUGUCCAGAAAUUGACCGCCAUCGAGUCUCUUGCUGGUGUCGAUGUCCUCUGCUCUGACAAGACCGGUACUUUGACUGCCAACCAGCUUACCAUCCGUGAACCAUAUGUCGCGGAGGGUGAAGAUGUCAACUGGCUGAUGGCUGCUGCGGCUCUCGCCUCGUCCCACAACCUGAAGGCUCUUGACCCCAUUGACAAGAUCACCAUUCUGACCCUCAAGAGAUACCCGAAGGCUCGCGAGAUCUUGCAACAAGGCUGGAAGACUGAGAAAUUUAUUCCUUUCGACCCGGUGUCCAAGCGUAUCACCACCAUUUGCACUCUCAAGGGUGAACGAUGGAUGUUCUGCAAGGGUGCUCCCAAGGCUGUCCUGUCGAUUGCCGAAUGUGACGAAGCCACGGCCAAGCACUACCGUGACACCGCUGCCGACUUCGCUCGUCGUGGAUUCCGUUCUCUCGGUGUUGCCUCCAAGCGCGGUGACGAGCCAUGGAAGAUUAUUGGCAUGUUGCCCAUGUUCGACCCUCCUCGUGAGGAUACUGCGCACACUAUCCUGGAAGCACAGAACCUCGGUCUCAGCGUCAAGAUGUUGACUGGUGAUGCCAUUGCCAUCGCCAAGGAGACUUGCAAGCUGCUCGCUUUGGGAACCAAGGUCUACAACUCUCAACGUCUCAUUGCUGGUGGUGUCGCCGGUCCUACUCAAUACGAUCUUGUCGAGAAGGCUGAUGGUUUCGCCGAAGUCUUCCCUGAGCACAAGUAUCAGGUCGUGGAAAUGCUCCAACAGCGUGGUCACUUGACUGCUAUGACUGGUGACGGUGUCAACGAUGCUCCAUCUCUGAAGAAGUCUGACUGCGGUAUUGCUGUCGAAGGUGCCACUGAAGCUGCUCAGGCCGCCGCCGAUAUCGUUUUCUUGGCUCCUGGUCUCAGCACCAUCGUCGACGCUAUUAAGGUUGCUCGUCAAAUUUUCCAGCGCAUGAAGGCAUACGUUCAAUACCGUAUCGCUCUUUGCUUGCACUUGGAACUUUACCUGACCACCUCCAUGAUCAUCAUCAACGAAACCAUCCGUACCGACUUGGUCGUCUUCUUGGCCCUGUUUGCCGAUCUUGCCACCAUCGCCGUCGCUUACGACAACGCUCACUACGAACCCCGCCCUGUCGAGUGGCAGUUGCCUAAGAUCUGGGUUAUCUCGGUCAUCCUCGGUAUACUCCUUGCCAUUUCUACCUGGAUCAUGCGUGGUACUUUCUACCUCCCAAGCGGCGGUAUGAUCCAAAACUUCGGCAACGUUCAGCUUAUGCUUUUCUUGCAAGUCUCACUGGUUGAGAACUGGCUUAUUUUCGUUACCCGUGGUGGUCAGACCUGGCCAUCCUGGAAACUGGUUGGCGCCAUCUUCAUUGUCGAUGUCCUGUCCACACUCUUCUGUGUGUUCGGCUGGCUCUCUGGCGACCCAGACGAGUUCUUCACCAAGCCCGUCGAUGUCUACUCUCGCGAUCACUACAGCGUCCAGACCUCCAUCGUCACUGUCGUUGUUAUCUGGUGUUACUCGAUUGGUGUGACCAUUGUCGUCGCCAUCGUUUACUACCUCUUGACCAGCAUGAAAUGGAUUGACAAUCUUGGUCGUUACCAACGCAGUCACGCCGAUACCACAAUGGAGAACAUCCUCGCGCAUCUUGGUCGCGUUGCUCUUGAGCACGAGACUGAUGUUCACGGCAAGUCCAAGUGGGUCUUGGGAUCAAGAUCUACUGGCGAGGAGGAAGAUGAGUAAAUGCCAUACUACCAUGGGUAGAGGUUUUAGCUUUCGGUGUCGGGCAGCAGCAGCAGGUAGCUGCCGGAAGCGCAUGAUCUUUGUUGUUAUUUCCUAAUUCGAGCUAAUGGGGGUGCCAGCUAUGGAAACAAGCGGGUGAGACUCGAACCGACCGACAAUUACCAUGUAUUGUUUUCCACAGCAGUGCCAGAACAAGAAAAAAACCAUGAAAAUGAUCCUGCUUCUUUAACGGCAAUAGAGUUGUGAUACCAUCUG